AAAAGAUUUAUUCAGUCAUUCAAGUAUCGGACAGUCUAGCGGGACUAGAAAACAAAAAUACUCACCGCGUACGUUUCCUCGUCUUUGUACUUCUUGUAUAUACAAAAAAGCGUGCGUUGAACCAUAAAAUUCUCGCAAUCGCAACUAAUUUCUCUCAUAGAAUCCUAAAUUCUUUUGGUGUUUCAUUAUUAUAAUCAACAUCCAUGCACUUUUUUCCCUCAUUUUAAUUUUAAAUAUUUCGUGAAUAUUGUGUAAAAAAAUAUUUAUCACUUUCCUCAUGGACGCUUGUGCAUUUUGAGGUUAAGUUUCAUCCGCAAGGUCCGCAAAGUUAAAUCUCCAACAAGUAACCAGUGUUUUUUGUAUUAAUUACCAUAAAAAUGAAGUUUACGAUUCUAUUCAUCGUUUCUAUAGGUUUUUUCAGCCAAUGUUUUGCACAGGACAAUAUUGAAAAUGCCGAUGAUGCGUUAAAUAAACUUAAUUCAAUCGUCGAUAUACCGGAAUUGAAAAAUAUUAAUGCGUCUGCAUUGCCAGUGCAGGAAUUUGAGAAUGUGAUAAAGAAGAAGUGCGAGAAAAAUGGUGGACCAACGGCUUAUGAGACGGCGAAAAAGGGAAUUUUAGAUUUAGGUGCUUGUGUAACGUCACUGGUCAAUGUCACGCAAUUAAAUAAGGAAAUCGAAGACGCUAAACCCACUGGCGAUUUGGACGAAGUUUUCGCUAAAUAUUGUCGAAAAUCGACAAUUUUAAAGCAUUGCGUUCGCAAUUGGACGGAGGCAUUGAAACCUUGUCUUGAACCUCCUGAACAGGCACUUGAACCAAUUGUUCUUAAUAUUACGAACAGUCUUUUGGAUUUUAUUUGCUUCAAGGAGGGUGAUCGAAUUGCUUUGUUUAUCUCAACUGAUGGACCAAAAUGUUUCCAAGAUAAACAAUUAGUGAUUCAACAAUGUCUUAAUUCCACAUACGGAGAAAGUGUUCAAAAUAUCAGCACAAAUGUGAAUAAUAUUUCGGAAAUGACUCUACCACUUUUUGUCUUGGAUCACAAAAGUUGCAGCGAUCUGGUAAAAUUGCAAGUGUGCGUGGUGAAGGAAUUGGAGACUUGUGACGAUCAAACGCCAGCCAAUAUUGCCGAAGCACUCUUUAAUUUUGUGAUAAGAGUAACACCUUGCGAAAAAUUGCUAGGAUUGUAAUGGACUUCGUCGCAAAAUACUUCUUACAAUUUAUCAUUUUCUAUUUUUGUGGACUUGGCCCUCGUUUUGACAUUAAGGUUUAAAAAAAGAAAACAAAAGCAAAAAAUAAUUGCAAUUUUGUAAGCAUUUAGAAAAAAUAUUCUUCUGCAUGUGCAUUGCAAAAAAAAAAAAAAAAUUUAUAUCAGUCGCAUGCUACACUGUGAUUAAAUAUUUUUUUUCAAUUAUUUUUUUUUAUUCGAAUCAAAAAAAGAGAAAUAUUUUUACUAUAUCAUAAAAUAAGUAUAGUUUGUAAUUUUAUUAAUAUUUUCACACUAAUUUACAUUCGCUUCUUUAAUCGUAACAUUUUUUUUUCUCGAAAAUUAGAACAAAAUAACAUUCUAA